UCUUCCCAAUCCAACAGUAUAGCAGGAUGUCCAAGGACAACGUCUCCAUUAGAAAGUUUGUCUACUGGCCAAACUUUGAACUCAGCGAAGAUGGUAGCAACAUAGAGGUGGGAACAGGGGCCGGUCUGGAUGUCAAGGUUACGAUCAGUAAUAGCCUUGUUCAGUGUGUAGGACAACCUCUCACAGAAAAAUGUCGCUGGUUCAAAAUGAACAUCGAAUAUCUGGCUGCAGGUUCCUUUAUAAUGCUUGGGCUGAACCCAGGCUGUUUGACGGGAAUUCCUGAGUGGGACAGAUACAAGUCUGUGAGAUACGUCAGUGACACAGGCGGGGUCCUUAGUCAGGGGGUGGGGGAGAACACUCACGUCAAAUUUGGUGCAGGUGAUGAGGUGGUGUGCUAUGUAGAGAAGUUUUUCAAAGACAAGUGCCUGGUUAAUUUUUUCACCAAUGGGAAGCUUGUUUAUCGCCACUGGGGGUACAUGGAUAAAGACAAUGUGUACGCCACCAUUGGAGUGAAGUUUGGUCCAGCUCAUCUGAUUGUUCAGUGGCCCAAACCCGGAGAUUUCAAAAUGGACACGACAUCUCUAGAAAACUGGAUUUGUCCAAGAGCUGCCAUCACCACUAAGAAUGACACAAAAAUCAUGGAACUGACAAAUACCAUCGGCAAUAAGUCCUGUUACUCUGCUCAAGGACCCAGGCCAUUGUCCAAAAAUCCCAGUUAUUUUGAAAUCAAAAUACAGGACAAAAAGUCGGUGUGUCCAGCCAUCGGACUGACCAGUGCUCUGCUGUCCACCGGAAUGUUCUACGCAUGUGGCUGGGGUGAUGAGGAUGGGAAACCCACCUUUGGUUACCAUGGGCAGGAUGGCUGCAUGAAGAAAAACAUGUUUGAUGGUUGUGUUGCACAGAAUACGGAUUGGAAAUGUGAAAAUGGGGAUAGAAUGGGAUGCGGAGUUGUGAUUGAUGACAGGAAGCUGUCCACCAGACACCCAGAUGAGACCCCGGCUUAUAUUUUUGCUACAAAGAAUGGAAAGGUUAUACAUGUACAGGGGGAUAUCCUUCCUGAGGCUGGAUACUACCCAACCAUAUCAUUUCUAGACAAAGGCAGCUGUGUAACAGUGAAGUAUCCGGCUGACCCUCCAAUGAUGGACCUUGAUAUGGAGAAUCAAAUCAACUUACAGAGAAGCAUCUUAACAGAAUUCAAAAUGUCCAACCGCAUAAUGUUCGAGUCCUUUGAGAACUACCGAGGAGCUAAAUUUUCCUUGGUGAUACAUGAAGAAGAUGAUAAUAUUCUCAGAGGCAUCAUGUGCUUGAGGAGGGCCUUUAAGCAAAACGAUUACUUCCAGUUAACCACUAGUCAACCUCGAAGUGUUCAGAUGGGUUUCAUGGAAUACAGUUCCACGUGGGAUGACAAAGAGAAUUGUCUGUUAAGUUUUGAUAACAGCAGCAUUACACAUAGAGAAUAUCUCAUCAAAACCAAGAACAUCAGCUCAGGUACCUCUAUGAUAUCAGCCUUAGUUUGGAAAGCCUAUGACAAAAAUGCAGUGGUGCUGUUCUUUGAGGGUGAAGUCCUUGAUAAGAGACUAUUGGGCCGCUGUGUGAUAGAGAGCUCAGCACAUCUAGAAAUCUUCCCUGCCAUCGCAUUGACAGAAAAUGCAGACUUUGAGGUUGAGUGGGAUGAACGGGAGGCGUUGGAUUUCAAUAUAGAGGACUUAGAGACGUGGAUUUUACCUGACAAUAGUCUGGUGGUGAAGGGAAACACGAUAUCGGUGAUUGGUGAGGUGGAGUCCCUCCCAGUGUGUGCUCUGUCCUCAGAAAACCUGAAAAAGGAAGGGAAGUCCUACUUUGAAGUGACUCUGAUGGAGACCUCUGGUCACACUUUCCCUGGGGUGGGCGUGUGUUCGGCCUCCUGUCCCACAGAUGCCCUGGUGGGAUACAGAGUCAACUGGAUACAAAACAUAGCACUCUAUCUACACAAAGGUCAUGUGCUUUAUGGACAAGAGAAGAGUUUUGAGUGGACAGAAGAAGUGAAGGUAGGAGACACUGUGGGAUGUCAGGUUAUCUUCCCUGACAAGACAGACAAACUACAGAGGGCACUGGUCAAAUUCUUUGUCAAUGGUGUGUUUGUCUAUAAAGAGGUGAUUGGUGUCAACCCAUCUGGACUGUUUGUAGCCUUGUGCUUUGAAUCAGAAGGAGACAUGGUAUCGAUUGACUUUAACAAAGAGUCUCCAGCUGACAUAGAACUCAAGAGGGAUCUUUCCUUAGUCUUCAACAAUUACCAAGAGGAACCAAGGAAGGUUCAAGAAUACCAUACUCUGUCUCGAAAGAAAACCAUGUACGUCACACAACAGUCAUUUGGACAUUCAUACGGUACUAAAACAGGUAUCCCCCGUAUCAGGGACCGCCCUAUUUAUGUUUAUGUGUCUCACACGAACAGAGAAGGAACUAAGGCCAACACAAUCUUUACUGAAUUGACGUCCAGUGGCUUGUUAGUCGAGACGUCUGCAUGGAAUGCUACCCCAGCUGCCAAGCAUAAGAAAAUUAAAGAUUGCGACAUCGUGCUCAUCUGUGUCUCUAAAACUUCUCUCAAGGACUCGGAACAGGGGAUAGAGUGUCAAAGUAUUGUAACAGAAAAUAAAAAACUGGUACCUGUAUUGUUAGAAGAAAUGAAAUGGCCACCAGCAGGGAACUUCAAGUCCCACAACAAAUUUUUUGCCAAAUUUGAAAAUGCGGUGUUCCACUUUGAUCACACGAUGGACUUUGCAAAGCUUGUGAAUUACAUCUGUGAAUACAUUACACAGGGAGACAAUGCAGCACCAAACCAGGAGGUGGUGACACUCAUCCCAGGCAUCAACUUUAGCAGAGGGCCUUUAGCUACUGUUGGACCCACACAAACACCACCAGGAAAACUCGCCAAUCAAAAGGAAUCUAACAAACCUGCUACAUCUAAACCAGCCAGCCAGAAGGAGCCUUCCAAACCUUCAAAAUCUGCAACAAAACCCAGCUCCAAGGGCUCUGAACCCAAGACGAAGUCCAACACCAAAGUCUGCCAGAUUUUAUGAUUUGAUUUGUUAUUUUUAUGGGAGUACUGCAGUUCUGCAUUAUACACCGUGUCAGUAUUUUCAAAAGCUACACAUACACAUUUAUGCAAAAUGUACACAAUAUUUGCUUUUUACAUGUUUUGAUACUUUUCCCAUAGAGUUCUACAGCAAAUAUCCAAGUUUUGCUGAGCCAUAAAAACCUGCACUGUAGAAAUCCGAGGACUAUGAGAUAAUUCAAUUGUGACAUCACAUGUUUACAUUACUCAAUGACUGUGAUGUCACAUUUGUUUACAAACAACGGAAUCUUAAACACUUCUAUCUGUAAAUUUGUGCUUCUAGAAUUAGAAGUGCAUAGAAUUUGCAGAUUAUGUAAUAGAGGGUUUUGGAAAUCCCCCCUCCUCAGUUGUUGUGUGGAAGCAGACCUUGCAAGCUCAAUUCGCUUCACCUUGUAACAACCUCAAGCAGACGAAUUUCCCUGAUAUUCAGUCAAUACCCUAUAAAUAACAGUUAUAUGUAAACCAAGUAUCACUCGUGAUGACCUGAUUCUCCACAGGGCAGAACCAAGACGUUUCAUUCCAGCUCUCUAUUUUGUAUUGCUUAUGGGAGUCGAGAUGUUUGUUAUCUUCAACUUUCAUCCAGGACUUAAAACCUGGUUUAAAGUUUUUGAGUCCAUAUUCAGUACCUUAAAUAUUAUAAUUGUAAACAUGAUAAAUACUGUCUGCGUUGGUGAACUUAGUUUAGCGAUAUCUGAAGAAAAAUUUAAGUAUUCUAAAUGUAGCAAAAUUGGAUCCAAUGCACAAUUUGGCAUAAUCAUGAUUUUUUUUUAUGCAGACUAAAUAUGUAAUGGGGAUAAAACAAAGACUUUCAUGUUUUAGAGCAAGCAUAUGUUAGUGUGAAUCGUUUGCUUCAGUAGUGACACUAAAAUAUGACCUCCGUCAAAACCAGGAAAAGUCAUAGAGAGUAUGUACAAAAUACUUUAAUAUCUGUAUUUUUACACGUUUUACUAUAUUGCUGGGUAAUACAUCAUCUACUGAUAUUUAUAUACUGCUAUAUAACUUCAUAUAACUUGUAUAUUUAAUGUUUUUAUUAUAUGUUUACAGUGAUUAAUCUAUUAAUACAUCAUAUUUUGUCUGUGAUUUAUCUAUCAAUACUCUUGACAAGUCGGCUGUGAUAUUUAUUUUACCAGUAUAGUCCACCGUUUUUUGAAAGAAUUUUGCAGUGAUGUUAUUUUUCGGUGGUUAUACAAUUAUUUUACAAUUAACAUGUAUACCGGUACAUAACUAAUUAUAUCUAAUGUUAAUUGAGUUUUAAUGUUAAACUUAUGUUAAUUAUUCUCAGACUGGUGUUAAAUCUAUAAUAAUUAAAUGUUUCUAAGCACCAUUACCUGACAGUGCAUAGGACACGAAAAUUUGUUAAAUAUGUAUUUAUUUAAUUGUCAAUCUUUUCCUUAAAAUGUUCUUUGUUAAAAACUAUUUAACCAAAAUCUGAUAUGUGAUAUAAGCCUUGUUGUACUGUACUUAUUUAAGUGGUUUAUAAAAGAGCCAAAAGUUGCUUUACAUCAUGAGUAGAAAUUACAAUGUACUUUCAUUCCCUAUAAUUUAAUGUAGUAAAACAUACAUAUGUAAUUUACGAGAGUAUUUCUAAAGAAAAUAUGAAUUUUAUAUGAUACAGAGCAAGGAGAAAUAUUGCAAAAUGGAAACGGGGGGGGGGGGGGGGGGGGGGGGGGGGGAGCUAAAUGCAUUGUGACAUCAUUCCUAAGACAUAUGGCGUGAAUUAACAACAACUUUGUUAAAGAAUGUUGAUAGCAUCAAGUGAAACAAUCAAAUUAUGUUUAAUUAGUAAAAUUAAAAUAUAUAACAAUGUAAAUAUACAUCAUAAAUCAUCUCUUUACAUAAGCAUUGAACUGCUAGUCUAUAAAUUUAAUAUGCUUCAAUAUUAUCCAUGUAUGUACUGGCUAGUAACUAUCAUUAUCUAUAUUUGUUUUAUUUUUUUAGCGAUAUGUAUUUAUAUGAAGUUUAUACAAGGUAACUACACAUUUUAAUCUGGAGCACAUUUCAUGUCACUAAACCAGUAUUUGUAGGCAUUAAUCCAAUAGAAUGUGUGUUUUGUUUAUUUAUCUCCAUUAGUUGCCAUUAGCUGCAAUAAUGUAGCCCUAUCCGAUUUGUUUUAUUCUGAUGUUCUCUCCCCCCCAAAAAAAAAAAAUCUGAGAGGGCUACAUUAUUGCAGCUAGUUGCCAUGGAUACAUGUGAUACAAUAAUUUGCCUCAUCACUUGUCUAUUAACAGAUCCAUUAACAAUUUCAAUACUGCUUCAGUUCAUUUUGUCUUAUAGUCAGUAAUUAUGUUCACUUGUUUUUUGUUGUUGGUUUUUUUUUUCUACAGGUGACACUUUGUACAUAUAUGACCUGUAAAGGGUAUUACUGUGCCAAAACUCUUCCCUGCCUCAUAUUGAUUAUUCAGUGAAAAAAGAAAGAAGUAUCUUAUAUAUGAAUAUACAGUCAAACCUCAUUAUCUUGAACUCAAUGGGACAGAGGAAAAUCUUUGUGAUAUCCAAGGAUUCGGGGGUAAAAUACUUAAAGAAUAAGUAGUUGGGUCUCCUGAAUCACUGACAUAUCCAUGGUAUUCGAGAUAUCGGUGUUCAAGAUACCAAGGUUCAACUGUACUUAAUUGCUAACUUUUCUGUUCCUUGACUUUUACAUAAAUUUGUAAAGUACAUGUACUUGUCAGAAUAAACUAUGAAUUUAAUUC